AAUUUUGAAAGUUGUGAGGAGGAGCUAGCGGCUGGGAUUAGGGGUGUUUUGUACCCCACCCUUCCCACUUGUAGGAAAACCUCUUUCCAUUCCGCGGUAAUGGAAUUGAAGAACGCGCACUGAUCCAGGAAUAGGAGGAAAGCAAUUGUCCUGCUGCUCCUCCUCUUGUCAUUUUUACCACUUGCCUCCUGACUCUUCUCCAAACCCAGCUCAUCUGCACCAAAGUGGCAGCAGAAUAUCCUGCACAAGUGCCAGCCAUCUGGAAUCUGCUGAAGCCACCCUGUGCAUCCCCAGCUGCCCUGUUAUCCAGCCACUAUCCCUGACCAUUGGGACCGCUUCUGAUGGCUGCGGCCUCUGCUGCCUCAGGGAGCAUCUUAUGUAAGCAGCUCCUUUUCUCUCUCCUGGUUUUAAUAUUAUUUUGCGAUGCUUGUCAGAAAAUUUCUCUUCAAGUUCCUCCACAUCUUCAGGCUGAAGCACUUGUAGGCAAAGUGAAUCUGAAGGAGUGUCUCGGGUCUGCCAGCCUAAUCCAGUCAAGCGAUCCUGACUUCAGAAUUCUAGAAGACGGAGCCAUUUACACAACACGUGACCUCAUUUUGUCUUCUGAAAAGAAGAGUUUUUCCAUUUUGCUUUCAGACAGUCAGAGUCAGGAACAGAAGGAGAUAGAAAUUGUGCUGGAAGCAGGAGGAAAGAAGAUUCCUAAGAGACAUCCUAAAGAUACAGUCCUCAAGCGAAGCAAGAGGCGAUGGGCACCUAUUCCAUGUUCGCUGAUGGAGAAUUCACUAGGUCCAUUUCCACAGCACGUGCAGCAGGUCCAGUCUGAUACUGCACAGAACUAUACCAUCUUUUACUCCAUAAGUGGACCAGGAGUAGACAAAGAGCCCGUCAAUCUGUUCUUCAUAAACAAAGACACGGGGGAUAUCUUUUGUACACGAAGUAUAGACCGUGAGCAGUAUCAACAGUUCCAGGUCAUCGCCUACGCAACCACUGCGGAUGGUUACGCACCUGAGUACCCGCUCCCAUUACUAUUCAAAGUUGAGGAUGAUAACGAUAAUGCCCCCUAUUUUGAAGAGAAAGUGACCAUCUUUACGGUGCCUGAAAAUUGCCGAAUGGGAACUACAGUGGGAAAAGUGACUGCCAUAGACCUCGAUGAACCUGACACUCUACAUACUCGUCUGAAAUAUAAAAUCUUACAGCAGAUUCCAAGCCAUCCAAAGCAUUUCUAUGUACAUCCAGACACAGGUGUCAUCACCACAACUACACCUUUCCUGGAUAGAGAAAAAUGUGAUACGUACAAGUUAGUAAUGGAAGUGCGAGACAUGGGGGGCCAACCUUUUGGUUUAUUUAACACAGGAACAAUUACUAUUUCUCUUGAGGAUGAAAACGACAAUUCACCAUGUUUUACAGAAAAUUCUUAUUUUGCAGAAGUAGAAGAAAACAGAAUUGACGUUGAGAUUUUACGAAUGGUGGUACGUGACCAGGAUUUGCCAAACACGCCUCACUCAAAAGCUGUAUACCAGAUCCUACAGGGAAAUAAAGACGGAAAGUUCAAAAUUAGCACAGACCCAAAUACAAAUGAAGCAGUCUUGUGUGUUAUCAAGCCAUUGAACUAUGAAGUCAAUCAACAAGUUGUUUUGCAAAUUGGUGUACUUAACGAAGCACAAUUCUCUAAAGCAUCAAACUCACAAACUCCUACUAUGUGCACCACAACUGUCACUGUUAAAGUUAAAGACCUUGAUGAGGGCCCCGAAUGCCAACCACCAGUAAAAGUCAUUAAGAGUAAAGAUGGCCUCCCCGUGGGCACAGAACUCCCUGGCUACAAAGCCGUGGAUCCGGAAAGGGGCACUGCUGAGGGCUUAAGGUAUAAGAAGAUAGGAGAUGAAGAUAACUGGUUUGAAAUUGAUGAAAACACUGGUAACUUGAAAACUAUAAAAGUUCUAAAUAGAGAAUCGACAUUUGUAAAAAACAACGGAUACAGUGUUUCCAUAAUUGCAAUGGAUGCAGAUGGCAGAUCUUGCACGGGGACAGUAGUAGUUCUUUUGGAAGAUAAGAAUCAGCCACCACAGAUUGAAAAACAAGUGACAAUUUGUCGGAGAAAUGAGAAUUUUGCUGUUCUCAAACCUGAAUAUCAAGGAGGUGGAGCUGAUAAUGGGUCACCUUUUGAAUUCAUUCUUGGUGAUUCUGCCAGGAGACUUUGGACAAUAGAGACAUCAACGGAUGGUAAAACUGCUAUUCUUCGUGAACGGCAAAAUCUUGAUUAUAACGUUUAUCCUGUGUCUAUCGAAAUAAAAGAUAGACAUGGCACUUCUGCAUUAAACGAGCUGUUAGUGAGAGUAUGUGACUGUAGAGUUCCAUCUGAAUGUAGAAUACCUUAUAAACUUCCAAGAGAUGCUCCGCUAUCAAAUGUAAUACUUGGAAAAUGGGCUAUUCUUGCCAUGGUGUUGGGUUCUGCAUUGCUGUUAUGUAUUUUGUUUACAUGUAUCUGUGUUACUGCUAAGAGAACAAUAAAGAAAUGUUUUCCAGAGGAUGUAGCCCAGCAAAACUUGAUUGUAUCAAAUACUGAAGGACCCGGAGAAGAAGUGACGGAAGCAAAUAUCAGACUCCCCACACAGACAUGCAACAUUUGUGACACAAGCAUGUCUGUUGGCACACUUGGUGGCCAGGGAGUCAAAACACAGCAAAGUUUUGAGAUGGUCAAAGGCUACGCUUUGGAUCCCAGCCAAGGAGGAGGACAUCAGACCUUGGAAUCAGUCAAGGGCGUAGGACAGGGAGUGACGGACACCGGCCGAUACACAUACAGCGAAUGGCAUAGCUUCACCCAACCUCAGCUUGGCGAAAAGGUGUAUCUGUGCGGACAAGACGAGGAGCGCAAAUAUUCUGAAGACUACGUUCGCUCCUAUAACUAUGAAGGAAAAGGGUCUGUGGCCGGUUCGGUUGGCUGCUGCAGUGAUCGGCAGGAGGAAGAGGGGCUUGACUUUCUAGAUCAUCUGGAACCCAAAUUUAGGACACUAGCAAAGACAUGUGUGAAGAAAUAAAUGUGCUUUUUAAUAGAGUAACAUCUGCGCAUGCAUAUGUAGGAGUUUAUUGAAUGUAAAAUGAUAGCAGUAUCUGCUAAAGGGUUUGUUUAUUGAAGAUAAACUUCCAGUUGUGUAUUGAUAAGGAUACUAUAAAUAGGAAGCUCCCUCUCAUUCUCCUUGUCUGAGACAACUUCCUCCAUGUUCUCUAGAAACAAAUGUUUCAUUGUUAAUUUCCUUUUAUGUGCAUGUACAUAUUGCUCUUUCCAGGACUGUAGUAGGAGCUUUCUUGCACCUUCUAUUUGAAAACUUAUGUUACUUGGUAUGCUCUGGAAGAGUACGUGGGGGAGCUGGGGAUUGUGGCAGCUAAUGAAAAAUACAUUUUUAUUUUAGAUGAAAAUUAAAUAUUUUCUUCAAAAUCUUGGGGAGAAUUAUGCUUUUAGACGUAUUGUCUUUGGUGCCAGAGAAUUGCUUCCUCUACCCGAGUGGCUCUGUGUGGAAGGAUUCUUUGAUGCAGACUUUGAUUUGGUGGAUAGGAGCUCAUCUCUCACUAUAUUUUUGACCCUGCAGAGGUGCUCCCAGCUCGAUCCUGGGAUCUCUGUCCAUGUGGAUGCAUUAUCAGUUUCCUCCAGGUUCUAGAAUUGUUGGAAAGACAGGGACCAGAACAAGCUCACAACAAUUUGAGCUGCUGAGAUUUUUUUUUAAGGAUCACAUGAGAGGAUUUCCAUGAAACAAUUGCAGCCUUGAUGCCCAUGGUUUGACUGAAACCCACAAAUCUGUCUUGUUUGCCCACCAGGAUGUAUUAUUACUUUUUAAAAAUAUGAAUAUCUUGGCGAGGACAUGCUCUCUCUAGUUUGACACAGGCCCACCAUCUCCAAGCAUUUGGGGAAUUAGCCCAGCAGGCAAUAGGCUUGCAACCCUGGUACCCAGUGCUCAGCCCUUUGGAUAUGCUUAAGAUUGAAUGACUAUUCCUGCUGGAACUUAAUACUCAGGCUUCGCUGGUAAUCACUUUCAGAAAAUGUUAAAUCAGCAAAAGUGUCUGGCAUAUAUAUGCUAAAAAAUUGAAAUCUAUUAACACGAUUCUUACCAAACAUUUGUUGAAUGAUGAUGGAUAAAAGAAUGAAAACAUGAGUUAAUAAACAAUUUUGAAUAUAUUGCAUUUUAAUGUUAUAUUUUAUUAAUUUAGAAAGAAGGCAUAUAUUUAAAUAGUAUUUUAAUAGUGUUUUGUGGCAAACGCUAUAGAUUGUAAACAUUAACUGUAUAUAUUACAAGGAAAUUUCUCAUUCAGACAAAAAAAUUUUUUUAAAUCUAUUAGCUAGUUAACCUUUGAAAAAAAUGAGUAUCUGAAUUUCUUAAAUUUUGUGAUUAUUCUCCUUAUUCUUAGUCACAGUUUCUAAAUAAAGGUGUUUCUUGAUAUGAAAUUAGAUAUUAGAGCAUAAUAAAAAACUAAUUUUAAUAAGUAAGACUUUAUUUUAAAAGGUGUCUGCCACGUGUGAUUUUUACAGCCAUUGUCAGUAAAGUAACUUUGGAGAGUAACGCAGUUUCUGAAUAUCUGUUAUCUGAUGUACAUGUUAUUCUGAAAAUGAUACCAGUUUUGAAAUUUUAAAAUAUAAUAUUAAAAUUUUGGAAAUAUAUCAUAAUAACAUGCUAAGUUAUACUCUUGAACUUAGGUGCAGAAUGUUUGCUGAGCAAUUAAAAAUCACUAGUUGAACAUUAACUUACAUGUUUGUUUAUGUCUUCAUAUUUCUUAAAUUUGUUUAAGUAUGAAAGAGAAAAUUUGUAUCUAAACAUAAAGUACAAUUAAAGGGCAAAGGCUGAUUUCUCAAUCAGCAAGAGAAGGCACUCUAAAACUAUGACCAGAAUUAUUAGAAUGUGUGGGAAAUUAAUUUGGAUUAAGCACUUUUGACUAUUUUUAAAUGUUUUCAAAAUACCACUAAAAUUUACCUCACAGGGGAACUAUGAUGCCUUUUGAUUUAUUUAGGAAAUUCAAAGUCACUCUCUACUUACACUCAAAAUUAAAUGAUAAUUGCAUGACUGAUGAAAUUUAUGAAACUGCUGGACUGUUUUACAAAUUUAGUUUGUUAAUAGAACACGGUAUGUUAUAGAUUAUUUCAUGUACCUUAAUUGUCAGUUAAUUAAUUGUCAGUAAGUUAAUCAUUCUGAAUUGUUUUCAAGAAUUAAAUUUGUAGUUAGGGAAAAUGUACAAUCAAAGCUUUCUUAUCUUGAUCAAGAUCUCAAACUAUUUCACAUGAAAAAAUGCCAUGGAAACACCAAGACCGAUGACAAUUCAUCUGUUAUAAAUGAGCUUUGUUAAAUACUUUCUUAACUUUACUGAGCUUUUAAUUCCUCCUAGGUUUAUUAAAAAUAUUUUGUAAAACUUGA